AUUUUCAUAUUUAAUUGUACAAAAAAUUAAAAAUGUUCAAAUUUUACAAAAAGUGACUGCUUCAGUUUUCAUACAAAAUGCCUACACAUUUGUAUACUUCUCUUGUAACCAUAAACUGGCUGCCACAUUUCCUCUUUUGAGGUCAGCUUUUGCUUACUGUUGAGCCCAGACAGUCUCUUUUUCUUUUACCACGUCAGAUAGAAAACCAAGACAUUAACACUAAGAAUUUCCCAUGAGUUGAAGCUGGUUGGAAACAAGCCUCUUCUGAUACCGAUCGUCUGCUUACAAGUGUCAUUUCAAUAUUGCUCUCAGAUCAUACUUGUAUUACAUGAGUUACAUCUUGGAAUAUUCAUUAAAAACAAAUCAGAUAUACAACAUUUCAGAGUUGAGCAUAAAGGCCUGUGAACCAAAGCUUAACAAAUAUCCAUCCACAUCCAUAUGCCCAUGUAUUGCUUACCCAUAAGCUAGCUCAAUCACACACACACACAUUUUCUCACAUAAACCUAUUCAUUAAAAUUUAUAUGAGAAUGAUGCAGUAUUAAUGAUCAGUUUUUUUAUGUAGUCUGAUUGUCUGUCUCUUUCAGCUGGAGUGUCUGCCUAUUUUGCAGCCAGCCUGUUUGUGUCAGGGUGUCUGCGUUUUCCUCCUCUCAUCUGCUGCUGUGCUGCUCUCUUUUCUCUCGUAACCAUGGAAAUGAGAUCAACAUGCAAAUACCUAAGCACGCUCGCUAAGGCUGUGUGAUAGAAGAUGCAAAUUGCAUUUCCGCUUGUAGGAUUAUACACCCACACACACAGAUGCACACUUAGAUGUAUACAAGCGCGCACACAAACGUUUGUGUGUGCACAUACUUAAGCACACCCACCUGCAGUCCAGCACAUCUCUCAGCACAUUACACCACAACCAGGCUGAAAUUAUCUUUAGGUGAAGUAGUACUGAACCGUAAAUGAAAAUGAAAUCAAACACAGUUUAAGUAAUUUUGAUUUAAUUUUGAUUUAAAAUCAUACUAUUUGAAGAAAAUAUGAAAUGUCCCUAUUAAAAGUUAAUGUUAAAAUAAUUUCAUUUUUGGCAUUUAAUUUAAAUGACAUGUUAAAUGUAUCAAAUUGAAGUGAUAUGACCUUAAAGCUGCAUUAGUUGAUUUUUGGCCACUUUGACAAAAAAAAAAAAAACAUCAAAACAAGCUGACAGAUACAUUGCUAAUGCCAUCUUAUACAGUUGCUAUGGCUAAAAUGUUAGCAAACAGCUGCCUACUUACACAUCCAGUGGAAACAAAGCAACAUUAGCAUUUAUUUGCAGGUGUAUUUAUGGCCAAAUGACAAAUAUAAGUCCAAUAUUCACUGUUAUUUUAGCUCUGUUUUUAUCUCCAACAACACUGAGAAAAAUAUUUGGUACUUUAGCUGUUUUGCUUGCUUGCCUUUCUUCACAAGCUAGUUUUGCUAAAUUUCUGUCUGCCUAUGAAGCUGGGCAGGUAGCAUACAGUGGGUUUUAUGUCAGUUUAUUUAGCUGGAAAUGGUGGAGGGUUUAAUGGGAGCGGUGAGACUGAAUAUACAGUUUUUCUGUGGCUUAAAACAAAUCAAAACUACCAAACAAACAAACAAAAAACAAGCUAAAAGAGGCUAAUUUGCUCCACAUAGCCUUGCUGCAGAGUUGUGUUUUAAUUAUCUGUGAUAUUAGUAACUAUUGUACAAUCAAUUGUUUCGGAUUAGUCAUUUGAUUCACUUUUAUCAUGAAAAAUAUUUAUUAAUGCAGAUUUAAAUAUAAAAUAUGAAUCAAAAAGUAAAUGGAGCACCUCUACUAUGGGAUAACAUGUUCCUCCACAAAUAAAUAAAACAAAGGUCAGAAGCUAAUAGGAUAGGCUAUAACAUGGGCUGUGGUUUAAUACUGCUCAUUUGAAAUCCAUUUAUUUCAUCAUUAGAAACUAGCAUUCAAAUGUGCUGUUGAGCUGGUUAAGGCAUGGCAAGGUGGAGUCUAACGUCCAUCCUCGUCGGCUCUCAUUUCAUUGAUGUCUGUCGUUUUUUAUGAAUGAACGGCAGAGGAGAAAAGGGGACGGGAAACUGAACGUUUUGUGAUAGGCUGCUAUCGGUUGACGUCACCUCCGCCGUGACGCGAAGCACCCAUUCAUAAAAUAAAAAAAACAAGGGAAAAAAGAGAAACAACCCUGAGGAGGAACACUCUGCGAGGGAGAAAGAAAGAAGUGACCGGACUGAGCGUAAAGAGUAGUGCGGUUACAAUGCACGGGAUGAUGCGCUAAGGGAAUCCACCGCAGGAUCCGUGCGCCUUCUCCAGGUCUGGAGGGCGGUGGGGGCUCAGAGAGAGAGCGAGAGAGACAGAGAGACGAAGAUAAGCGACAGUGAAGCAUAAACACGCAGACUGAAACGACGUGCGAUGGAGGACCUGGGCGAGAUGGACUGUCCGGUGCUGAAGCGGCUCCUAAAGGACGACAGCGCCAAGUGCCUGCUGCUGGACUGCCGCUCCUUCCUCGCCUUCAGCGCGGGGCACAUCCGCGGCGCCGUCAACGCCCGCUGCAACACUAUCGUCCGCCGCAGGGCCAAGGGCUCCGUGCUGAGCCUGGACCAGAUACUGGCCGGGGACGAGGAGGUCCGGGACCGCCUCCGCUCCGGGAUGUACUCCGCCGCGGUGCUGUACGACGAGAGGACGCCGGACUCCGACGCGGUGAAAGAGGACAGCACUCUGACUCUGGUGCUCAACGCACUGUGCAGGGACUCCUCCGGCACACACAUAUACCUGCUCAAAGGCGGCUACGACAGGUUUUUCACAGAGUACCCAGAGUAUUGUUUAAAGACCAAAUCCUUACCGUCCCUCACCAGCCAGUCCAGCAUCGACUCUGCCUGCUCGUCUUGUGGGACGCCACACCAUGACCAGGGCGGUCCAGUUGAAAUCCUCCCGUUCCUCUACCUUGGCAGCGCCCUCCACGCGUCCAAGAAAGAGGUCUUGGACGCCAUAGGAAUCUCCGCCUUGCUGAACGUGUCCUCUGACUGUCCCAACCACUUCGAGGGGGCGUACCAGUACAAAUGUAUUCCUGUGGAGGACAACCAUAAAGAAGACAUCAGCUGCUGGUUCCUGGAGGCUAUUGAGUUCAUAGAUUCAGUACGGGACUCCAGUGGGCGAGUGCUGGUCCAUUGUCAAGCAGGCAUCUCCCGCUCUGCCACCAUCUGCCUGGCCUACCUGAUGAAGAGGAAGCAGGUGCGUCUGGAUGAAGCCUUCGAGUUUGUGCGCCGGCGUCGCAGCAUCAUCUCCCCCAACUUCAGCUUCAUGGGGCAGCUGCUGCAGUUCGAGUCGCAGCUCCUCGCCACCUCGUGCGCCGCCGAAGCAGCUGCCACAGCGAGCCCGCUGCUUGGACCCAAGUCCUCGACGACCACCACCUCGACGACGGCCACGCCCACCUCUCCGUUCAUUUUCAGCUUCCCGGUUUCUGUGGUGAACCCCGCCUACCUGCACCACAGCCAGAUCACGACCUCCCCCGGCUGCUGAUUGAUAGCCAAUCACAGCCUUCCCCCGACAAACUAACAGAUCACAGACUAGGCUGCCAUUGGCUGGAAGAGCUGUCAGUCUUACUGACCGCUGCAGUAUGAAUAUGCUUCCAGGGUGGGGAGGUGAGAAGCGUCACGGUGCCUGAGUCAAAACUCUGAACUGACUGAAAAAAGACAUUUUAAAGUUCAGAAACCAGCCAACGCUCCUUCCAUUUUAACAUGAGAUUUAUCCAAAUUGACCAAAAAUGAACUGGCUUUCACAGCUUGUUUCAGUAAGCGAGUGUUGGACUGACGUUUACUGAAGAUACACCCUCUUCCUUGACAAAAACAAAACAACAACAACAUGCACAGAGGCACACUGACACACAAACACUGACACAGAGGCAUGAGCAGCAGUGAACACUCUCUCUCUCUCUCUCUGCCUCUCUCACACACACACACACACACACACACACAUUCAUGACUGCCAACUGAAUAAGCUCAGUAUGAAGACAGGGUCUGUUGCUAUGGAGACAACAGGUCUUUAGGAGAGGAGAUGGACACAGGAAGGAAGGAGGAAUUUUAAGCACCCGCUCUUUCCCCUUUGGGUGUCCCUCCUGUUGCCAGACAAAAGAGAUGGAUGGAAAAAAGAGGGGAGGAGACGGUGAUAGAAAGCAGGAUCCUCUUCAGUGACAGGUGCUCUGCCGGCGAUCCGACCGGAGCUUCCUGUCUUUCAUACGUCCUCUUCCUCUCUCUGUCCUUCUCCCCACCCCCACCCCUCCACCUUCCUCUCCUCUCAUCUCCUUUUCAUCCUUUUAUAUUCCUUCCCUCCUCUUCCUCCUCCUCUCAUCUUCACCCCGUCCGCCCCCUCUCCUCUGCUCCUCAUCUCCUCACUGAAGAGGCUAAAUAAAUAAAAUAAGAUGCCAAAUAAAGGCCAGGGCCCUCGUAAAUGGACCAGGAAACCCCACUGCAGGCCCCUGAUACACACUGUAGAAAACUUGUUCUGCUACAUCACAAAAACCUUUUUGGAGCACAGUGGCUCUGGAAGACAGCCACUUAAAAAAGCAUGCUGGUGGUUUUGUAAGUUUUAACCCAUUAUAUCUUUUAAGACAUCUGUUUCACUAAUUUUCUGCAAGUUUAUUUUCAUAAUGUACUCAAAUGAACUGAAAACAUUCGCUCUUAUAGGCUUAGGGUUUGGAAAAUGAUCAUUUCUUUAGUUAAUGGGCUAAAAUGUGCACCACCAGCGAAUGGUCCUUUAUAUGUUUGUGCCUUGUUCAUAAAGGUGCCCCAUGGAUUUAGGCGUUCCUGGAUUUGCCAGUGGAACGAAACUUUUUUCUUAGCUGCUAGAGAGCAGAUUGCUGAAAGUUAGUCAGACUUAAAAAAAAAAAAAAAAAAUCUCAGCAUUCCAGCAGUGCUGCACAGACUCUUAUUCCACAAUGUCAAAAGAGCAAAAGCUUCUCUCUUCAUCUCUGCUCACGCAUACUCACAGAUGGACACACACAUAAUAUACUGUAUUUCAGUAGGUGUAAGUCCAUAUUAGGCGUCAGACUCACAGUAAAUUCCACCUUUGAAAUGGCAAUUAUUCAGGCUGACAAAACUUAUAAUAAAAUUAAAUGAAGUGUGCUUCAACAUCUUGAGUUUGAGCAAUUGGAGACAUUUUAGGGGCAAUAUUUUCUCGCAUAUAUCCUCCCAUGUUUUCACAGAUCCACCUACCAAACAUGGGUGUUUUACACUCUGCUUACCGAACAUCAGGGACCCUCAGUGUUGUUCCUUGUGAGGGGGAAUCCAGGUUUCACUUUUUAAAUCCAUGCUGAAAAAAAGGAGGGAUGGAGAAAAAGAGAAGAACACUUUUGGCUGUGAGGCCAUAAUCCAAUAAGAGGAAGUUGUCCUUAUGAAUCAGUUAAUUCAGUGUAUAUCUGAGUCCUGAUGUGCACACACAUGCGUACAACACAACCAUAACCUUUCUGUUUUUGAAGGUUGUCCACAGCUCUCUCCGUAGCACCUUGAAGUCAUGCAAUACUGUACUUACAAUCCAUUCAAGGAAAACAACAGCAGCAAUGACUUUUUAGGACGUUUCAUAAUAUCACAAUUUGAGACAAUGUUUGUAUUGCUUCUGCUUAUGACCAGGCUAAGCUCUACACUCCGUGCUAGACAUCCAAAGGCACAAAGUCCAACCAUGGUUACUUUUAUACCCAGGUCCUGAUGUACGCACAAAACACACACACACACACACACACCGGGUUUCAAAGAAUACAAACCUUUUUCUGUUUUUGAAGAUCGUUGGCACCUAUCUCUGUAGCACUUUGAAGUGAUGCAAUACUGUAUUUAUAAUUUAUGAUUGAUUUGUACAUGAUGAUGGUAGACUGAUUAGACUUUGCAUAAAGACAUUUUGUCCACGUAGGGAGAGAGAGAGAGAGAGAGAGAGAGAGAGAGAGAGAGAGAGAGAGAGAGAAAGAGAGCCAAUCAGUGAAAAACGCAAUACUUGGUACACAUCUGUGGUACCUGUCUGUCUGUCUGUCUGUCUGUCUGUCUGUAUGUCUGUCUGUCAGCCUGUCUGCCUCUCUGUGGUAGUCCAUCUGACUGUCCUCUCUGUCUGGUCAAUGCUGUUUACCCAUCUUGGCAAUAUCAAUCCUCCACUUGGACAUUUAUAUAUAUAAAAACACAACUUUCCCUCAAUUUUAUUGUGGAAUAAAUGAUCUGUGCAUUUAUUUAUUACUGAAGAUCCACUGUUGAAUAAACAAUAUUCUUAAUUAA